CGCCGCUCUAUUUAACAUGGUACUUGGAUACGUGAUUCUAUAGGUUCAGGAUUGUGCCGUGUAGUGAAAACUUUACAUACUUGUAUAAUAAAUGAUUGAACAGGAAGGAGGGAAUAUUUGGUCUACGGGAAAAACGAUGAGGGGUACAUUUGUUCCUAAGAGUUUUAAAGAAAGUAAAAAUUAACAGGUUUGGCUUCGAGAGAGUUUACAACGAUGACAACCUUAGAAAAUGAAAACUUCCUUAGACUAACUUUAUUAGUCUUUGAAUGUGGAUCUUUUAUAGCCAGACAUAUGCUGUAUAGAGAAGUUGGUUUGAGCGGUAAUAGCUUAGAUACGUUACUUAAGCGUCACCAAGAAAAGCUUCUUAAAACGAUUACAAGAAAGUAUGCCGAGAAGUUGUUUCCACAGAACGGUCAAAGCGAUCCUGAAUCAUGGGAUUUUGCGCUGCUGUCCACAGUUCUGCUACAUGUAUUUUUGUACUCCCUAAGUACUUCUGAAAAGAAGCAGUUAGAAAAGUUAAGAUACAUAAGACACGAAAUAAGCCAUGCAUCAUCGCCUACAUCUGACAUUGAUACAUAUAAUCAUACCCUUGGAAAUAUUACUCUUGCGCUGGAGAAGCUUUGCAAAAAAUUAAAUACUGGAAUUGGUGAAGAAUGUAAGAAUCUUGUUAGUAAGUACAGUAAGGAGCCCCUUGAUCACAGGUAUGCCAUAGAGUACAUGAAAGAACAUUCUGAACGUGUUGAGCUUUUCCAAACCAUAUUAUCGAAAUUUGAAAGUGUGGAUGAAGGCUUAUCAGAAAUAGCAGGAGCUUUAGCCAAGUCAAAAGAGGAAAUUCUUGAAGAAGUCAAAGCCACCAAAGGGGAAUUAAUUGAAGAAUUGAAGGCACUGCUUGUCGAAAAGAACCAUAUUCCAAUCGAUUCAGUUUUAGGUAUUAAAAUCAAAGUUGAGAAAGUCAACAGUGAAGACAGACAGUUUAUACAAAAAAUGUUCAUCGAAGUUGUCGAGCAAUUUGCAAAUAAUCCAGAAGAUACAAAAGAAGUUAAAGAGGCCAUCCAACGUCUUCUUGUUGAAAUCAAUAAGAUAAAGGGAGCAAAGGUUGAUACUGCUGAACAGAGCAGUAUCUUACUAAAAGUAAAAUGUACGUCUCUUGGAGGUGUGUUAGCUCUUUUACAGUAUUUGGACAGCGCCAGCUUUAGGCUGCGUCUUCGAACCAUUUCUGAAGAGAUACAAACGAAGACUGGUAUUUCAUGCACUUUGUCAAUGCACGAAACAAUGGAGAAUUAUGAAAAGAUUAGACAAAUACUGCGUACAGCAAAAUGUGAGCAUGACAUAGCAGCAUACCAAAAGAAAGUAGGUGGCGAACUAGCAGUAACGUUACCAGUACGUGUAACAGCCGCCACGGCUCUUCUAGACUUGUGGUCCCUUUUUGAAGAAGGGAAAGCAGGCAACACUCUCAGUCGCAUCUCGCGAGCAUUUUCAACGAUGACCGGUAGAAGUAUAUUAGUAUCAGCAGAAGUUGAUCUUGAGCAAUUUCGAAAGGCUGUACAAAGUAUAGAGCAAUUAAAACGUGGACUUAACCCUGCAGACAGUUUGAAACACAUUUCAAGGCUGAUCAUUCCUCAAAACAGUGUUGUUGGACGCUACGACCCUCUCAAAAGAAUUACAAUUUGGUCUCUUGAAUCCACGGAGUUUGCCGUAGCUGUGUCAGUUGUCCCUAAAGCGAAGAGCGUUGACAAAAGCCCUAAUAGAGUAACCAUUUCUAAUGUAAUGGCCACCACAGAAAGUUUUACUACCACAUCACAUCAAGAUUCUGCUGUGGUAAAAGAAAAAAGUGAGUCUAAUGGUGUGGAAACUACAACUACAUCUUUAAUACAGCGUGAUAUGCCUUCAGCACUGGUCACAAACACAAAAGCAAGGGAAAGUGAAUCCGCCCAGAGAACACCUUUGGGAAGCAUAAUAACUCGUACAACUAACAAAAGGAACCGAAGACUACAUAGAUUAGAAGAAACACUGACUAAAACGAUACUAGAGAAAAAAGAAUUUAGAAGCGAACAGGAGAUACACCAGGAAAUCAAUAUAUUGGCCACAUCUGUAGAGAUAGUCAGUGGGGAAACAGCCAAACUACUUGAAGUUUUCGUUACAAAGUUAGACAUAAUGAUACAGAAAAAACCAAAGUGUACUAGAAGCAAAUUGGACAGUGCCGUCAAUACCCUCAUUACACUUAUACACAACGUCAAUGAUGUGUACAUAUAUGAAAUAGUUGAUAAAUGCGUACUGCUCAAAAUCCGAUGUUCAACAUGUCACAGUAUGAGAGAGCUACUGAAAACGUUCCUAAAACCCGACUUUGAAAAUGCUGUCAAGCGGAUUGCAAAUGCGUUACAAGAUGAUUGUCCAAAUGUUACUUGUGUAAAUGUGAAUGUCUCUAAUGAAAGCAUUAGAGAUGUAGAAGCACACCUGAAAGGAUCUGGGAUAGAAAUCGACCAGUAUGACGAAAUGACAUGCAGCAUACAUCCUGAAGAAUCAGUGAAGUUGUACUGCUCAGACCAUUUCUUAUUCUGCUGUCAACAGUGUGCGCCUGAAAAGCAUGGAUCGUGUCCUGGAUUGCGUCAGAUAACGCGUAUUUCAGAAGAUGAAAUAGAUGGCAAAAAAGAGAUAGUAGAACACAGAAUAAAGGUGAAGAAGGAUAAAAGUACGUGUGAUAUCUACGGAUGUUGUGUGCUGCCAAAUGGGGAUAUACUGAUUGUGGAUAACAGUAAUAAAAGGUUGAAAAAGCUGAAUCAAAACUUUCAGGUUGUCAGUCAUAUUUCAAUGUCUGACAAACCAUGGGAUGUAUGCAAUGUCGAAAACAACGAAGCAGCUGUUGCUCUCUAUGACUGUGUCCAACUUAUAAAUUAUGAGGGAAAACUUAAGCGAACCCGUUUCGUUAAGUUUGACCAUGACAGUAAUGGCAUUGCUUACAACGGCAAACAGUUUUUUGUUGUCGACGACUGGAAUGUAUAUAGUUACACUUCAGACUUCCAGAAUAAAACAGUAUUGUAUAGCUGUGAAGCCGGUAAAGUUUGGUUUAAUCACAUUGUUAUAAGCCAAAGAAGGGAUCUCAUCUACAUAUCUGAUAGGUAUGGAGGUGUGCAAAUUAUUGGUACUGAUGGCAAACAUAUAUGUACUUUAAAGCCUGAUGAGUUGCAAAAUACUUGGGGUAUUUGUUUAGACAGUACAGAUAGACUGCUUGUUACAGACGCCGAUACUUGCUGUAUAUAUUGUAUCGACUAUGAAGGUGACAAAACUAGUAUGGACCCAGUCGUCACACAAAACGACUUUAUGUCCAAACCAAUGUGUCUUUCUUAUGACGGCAAAAGGUCCAGUCUCAUAAUUGGACAUUAUCAAAAAGACACAGUAUCAGUUAUGGAAAUGAAAUGACGUAUAUCUAUACGUUUCAAUAUCAAGAUAGAUACCAUGCCAAAAUAAAUAAUUUGACUAUACUUCCAUUUAAAAUGGGAACAAUUUGCCUUAUCCUAUGCAUUUCUUGAACGGAAUGACCAUUUGAGGUACUUUUUAUAAUGGACACAGAAUGAUGAUUUGAGAUACAUUUUACAAUGGGCAUCAUCAGAGUUAUAUACCGUUUGAAUUUGAAAAAAUUACCAAAUUUAAUAGGGACCUUAUUUCUUGAUACCUUUAGAUUUGUUAAAAACGUAAACAGAUGUAUAGGACAACUAUAUUACAGACAAGUUUAUUACUUGAAAAGACCACUCCAAUAACACCAUUGUAAUGAUCUUUGAUUAGAUGAAAUUGCUGUUUUUCACCUGAUUAAUAUAUUAAAAGUUAUUUGUUAUCUACAACCAAAAGCCAACCCCGAAUUUACAUUUGUAUCCUUUUAAAAUUUCCGACAAAAGUCAUACGGGGCAAGACUGAUUAAAUAACAGUAGAACAGUAGAAUGUACAUUUGUGUAUGUUAAACUUGAGUAACUAACUUAAAGGUCUAGAUCACAGGAUUUUUUCUGUUAGUUUGAAUGUCAUGCUUUAUAUAAUUAUAUUGUUCUUGCCUAGACUUACAAAUAAAUAUACCGUAAUUACCACUUUAGCUUGAAAACAGGAAAGGUCGGCCUCCAGGAUUCAGGAAAUGCAGAAACCAGUUUUGUCACUAAUACAGGAGAAGAAAAAGAGCAUAAUUUAGAGACUUACCCUAAACCUUCUUUACACAAGGGAAACAAUCUGUUUAUAUAGUGAUAUUGUUGAGUGGACACCGUUUGUUAACCCUAAUCAUGUCCAUUUUAUAUCAGUGCAAAGGAAAAGUAACCUAUCUAUGUUAAAUGCUAUGCAUGAUAACACAGUCAUGCAUCCAAAAGUCCUGAAAUUGAAUUCUUCGAUUUUCUCAUAUUUCUAGAUAUUUUCCCCAUAUUUUGACGCAUAUAUAUGGGUAGUUGAGAUUGUUCUCUUUCCAGCAGUAGCCUUUUCAGCAUAUUUCACCUUGUAAAAUUCUGUGGGUUUUGACUUUUUAAAAAUAAUCGUCUGUUUGUUGACAAAUUUCACCACAGAAAAUUGUGCCACUCUCCCCAGGGCAUUGAUUUAUUUGAUCUUUACAUAGUUUUCUAUUCAGAUUGCUAAUCCAUGUGGCAAUUAAGCAUGCUUUUUCCAUGCUUAGAGGUAAAAAGUAGAUAGUUUGCAUGAGGUUCUAUGUCAAUACCAACGUAAGCCUACCUAAGUCUUAGCGGAGUUUUCUCCAUUUUUUCCAGAUAUUUUACCCGGGAUCAUUUUUUUUCAGCUUAAAUAACCCUUUUUCAGAAAAUGAUAUUUUAAUAUUUUUUCAGUUCUUGAACUUUGAUGCAGUUAACUACACAUAUAUCUAAAAUAGAUAGUUCCUAUUUGAAGUUUAUAUUUUUAGUUACACUGCCUACUUAAUUAUACAAAAUUUGAAUAGUCUCCGUAUUUAUCUCUUGUGAACAAAACAAAGGGUCUUAAUACCGACUAGGGAAACACCUCUGUUAUACAGGCAGGCAUGUAAGAUCCUUAUAAUCUGUCGUCAGAACUUCUUUGAUAUAAAACUGUUUAUAGACAAGAUUGUUGACAUGUAUAUAUUCAAUAUGGUGGAGUGUAAACAUUUUGAUUUUAUCUAUCUACUUAAUAUAGGAAAAGAAUGUUACUCAAAGUUUCUUCGAUUGACUUUUUCGUUGUUUUUCGUUCAUCAUUGAAGAACGAUGAUUUCGGGCAGAGUUUAUUUUAUUCCGUCUAUAGUUUGAUAAACUUGUCGUCUUAAAUGUGUUACAAGUUUAUGAGAAAGUUCUUCAAACAAAUGGCGUGUCACGCUUCUUAAUAUUACGUUGUUGUUUAAAUGUUUCAAGUAAGUACAUGUUAAAAAUUAACAAAAAUGGAACUUAAUUUGCAAUUUGCUCUAAAUCUUUAUUCCUGUAAAAAUUCUAUCUAUGAGUAUACAUUUAAUAAGUAUGGAUGAAGUCAGUCAUAAAAAGUAAGAAUAAUUCAUAAUCAGAUUUUAAAGGGUCUCGGUUUAAAAGUAUACGCAGAUAUGUGACGCACAUUGCUGAAAGCAAAAUUAUUAUGUAAAUCGCAUAACGGUCAAAGGAAAAAUGGUUUACAUUGUUAAUCUUUUUUUCGGCGACGCCGUCUAAAUUCUUGAUAACGCAUUAUAGAUAAUUUAUCAAAAUGGAAGAUUUAUGCAACACUCUGCCUGAUUGGACGAAAGUGUCAAUUUCUUUCACUCUGUUGAUUGUGCUACGCUGAGUGAAAUGUAGACAAAGCGUUUAUCCUAAACGACGCUGUUCACAGUUUUAAAGCUAACUUUGGCUCAGUAUAUUUAGCAAGAAUAUUGAUAUAUCUCAAAAUGAUAAGUAAGUUUAAUAAAUAUGAUAAAAACCUGUUCAAAUACCAACAUAUAUCAAAUUAAAGAAAGAGCUGAUUACGGUCUGUGUAUCACAUGAAUAAGGGUGUGAUUAGAGUCUUUUAUGUAGUAGAGAAGUGCUUUUUAAACGAUUUUCCUUUUUACAAUUGUCGUCUGUAUACGAAAAGGUUUCUUGCUUUUGUGACUUAUUCAGAUUGCAUAUUAAAAUGAGUACUUGUUUGCUUUGAUAUAUUUGUUAUAAAUUAUUUAACUGAUUUAUUAUAUAUGAAUAUUUUUCUGUAGUAUGGUAUGCAAAUAUUGAACUCAGUUGAAAUCUGUUUUAUUAUAUAUAUGCUAUAUAAUGACUGAAUCUCAUUACUCUGAAAUGAAGGUACGCAGCAUACAGUUUAUCUAUGUGAUAUGACUACGGUCAAACUUUGCUUAUGAAACAGAAAUAUUGAAAUAAUUACAACGGUAUGUUUUGCUUGACCUUCACUUUUUUAUAGGUGUGACGUCAUUGUCCAAAGAUUUAUGAAUAGCGAAUAUGCAUUUGUUAAAGCGGGAUCAGUUGCCCUAUUUUAGAAAUAAAUAAAAAUAAUAAAUAAAAAAAUCCUUUAAUUGAUUUUUUCUCAUGUAUUCUAAUCAAACUUGAUUUGUAGCAUCUUUAUUAGGCCCGCAGCCAACUUUGUUCAGCUGGGACAUUUAACCCCUUUUAGGGGCUGCUAGAGCUAAAACUAGAAAUGCCUUUAUACAGCGUCUCAUGAACAGCUUGGUGGAUCUUUGUCAUACUUGGUCUGGAGCAUCAUUAUAAGGUCCUCUUCCAAAUGUAUUUAUAUAGGAACUUGGGCCCUAUUAGGGACCACCAUAGCUAAAAGUAGAUAUGCCUUUCUUCGCAUUAACCACUAAAAUGUAAUGGAUUUUUAUCAAACUCGAUGUGUAACAAUAUCGUAAGGUCUCCUGCUAUUUUGUUACA